AUGAUCCGUGCCCUCAGUGAUCUAGUCCAUGUUAGUAUCUAUGGUUGCAGUCAUGGCAGCCGGAAGGUGUUCUAAUGUACAGCCCCUUAUAAAGUUUUCAAAAUUUUUGUCAGAGUUUGGCAUAAUUUCCCGCAAGGCAGCAACACUGUCUGAUUUUGAUAUCCAACAUAAAACUCCGGUGGGGAGACGUGUAGCCGCGAUUCCAAAAGCACAGUAUGGCGGUCGACAUACCGUCACCAUGCUGCCUGGAAGUGGUAUUGGCCCGGAACUUAUGAACUACGUCAAGGAGGUGUUCAGAUAUGCUGGUGUUCCAGUUGACUUUGAAGUAGUUCAGAUGGAUCCUAAAAGUGAAAGCAAUGAAGAUCUGGAAUAUGCAAUCACAUCAAUCAGGAGGAAUGGAGUUGCUAUUAAAGGGAACAUAGAGACAGGAAGCAUGAGUCGAGGGGUGUUUUCGAGAAAUGUCGCACUACGUAAUGAGUUAGAUCUGUACAUGAAUGUCCUUCACUGCAAGUCAUACCCUGGUGUGGCUGCCAGGCAUAAGGGCAUUGACAUCAUCAUUGCGCGACAGAAUACUGAGGGCGAGUACGCCAUGUUGGAGCACGAAGUGAGUGCUCUGUUUUCAUCAUUGUAGAAAGUAGGCUACAUGAUU